UCCUUCCACUAACAAGUUUCUUCCUCCGCUGUCACUACCAAACCGAUGGAAAAAGCAUUAGAAUUACCAGAGAUCAUUGCUUGCAUUAGCAAAUACUUAAACAAAAAAGACAUUCUUAAUUGUAUUUGUGUUCGCAAGACAUGGAUGCAUGAACUGGAACCAUUGCUUUGGCGAUCAUUCACCUGCAAAUCUUCCAGGGAUGUAUAUGGCGCGCCCAGCGAAAGCAAACGACCUAGUCUCGUACUCAUGCAAAGGAAUGCUCACCACAUUCGUCAGUUGACCAUUGAGGAGAUGAACCCUGCCUACCAUAUCGCUUUCUUUUGUCAGUGCACUCACCUGGACGAGGUGACACUCAGUAUCACACGUCAUCUUCCUCAAACAGAAGCCCAAAUACUCUGGAAACGUUUCUCCGACAUGGUCAGGAACCAUAUCCACCUCCGCAAGAUUGUGAUUGAGAAUAAUAAUGGAGCCAUGCUCUCUCCCCUUGACGUCCCAGCAUCGUUCCUGGAGACACUUUGUACCUGCCCCAAACUGAUCGUGCUUGAGACUUUUGAGUGUUCAUUCGAUGCACAAGCUACAGCUGCCUAUAUGAAGAUCAGUGGCAAUAAUAUCAAGCGGCUUUCCUCCUGUCGCGACGCAUUUUCAGAUCAGAUCCAACUUGAACCAGGCUUCAUCUUUAAGGAGCUACGAUAUCUAGAUAUCAAGGAGCUGUGGCCUGAUUCCAUUGCGCAACAAUUGGAAUGGAUCCGCCGGUGUCCCAAUCUUAUUUCGGUUCAUUGGGAUCUUCCUCGUGAAACUAUUCCCGUUCAAGCAUUUUGUGAUCUAAUCCCAAGGAGCUGUCCCGACUUGAUUGCACUCCAUCUACCACUGCCAUACAUUACAGAUGCCGACAUUGCUCAGAUAUUGAACGCUUUUCCUCGCAUAGAAAAACUGACGCUGAGUAAUACAAUGUUUGGGCCUUUGGCCUUUGCGGCACUCGAGCGACAUUUCCCAACAUUAAAAGACAUCAAUCUACAGCACGCAUCAAUGGCUACAAGCUCAAUGAUCCAGCAGAUCAUGGCGUCCUGCCCAAACCUAUUGAGCAUCAGUGGUGACCAACUCAGCUAUGAGGACAUCAAAACGCCUUGGGUCUGUAGGAACCUACAAAUGUUUGAUGUUGGUAUUAAUAUAGUUUCAGUCGGACUACAUGGUACAGGCUAUUGUUCCUUAGUAACACGACCUGUGACUAGGGAUAAGGAAGUGUAUGGGAUGUUGGCGCAGUUAACCAACUUGGAAUAUCUUUCCAUCGCCAGCAGUAAUACGGAACAGAUGGGAAGGUUCUUCGGAUAUCCAAUUCAGAUGAGUUUGCAGGCAGGAUUUACACAGCUUAGAACGCUAAAGAACCUUAAGUUUUUUAGCUGUAAAUCUUUGAUGGAAUUGCCGCUUCAAUCUAAUCAAAUAGAACUGAUGAUUGAGUGGAUGAUAAAACACUGGAGAUGUUUGGAGAUAUUGGAAGGCGCAAUUAUGAGGGAAGUAGAUGUUGAUGGUGGUGAUGGUGAUGGUGACGGCAUGAGCGAUGACAAGACGUCUAAAAUCUCCGAGUUACUAGAAAAGCAUGGGAUCAAGUUUGUAAAUUUCAAUCAGCUAAUGGAUGAUAUAGACGAGGAUUAUGAGCUCGAGGAUGAUGAUGUCGAUGAAGAAGAUCAGGAUAGCAACGAUUUGGAUUACGAUGUCAUGGACGAUGAAUACAGUUACUUUGAUCUCGAGGAGGAUCACGGUCUAGGCGGCGGCCAUAGUGGCGACGAUGAUAAUAGUAAUAGUGAAGAGGAUGGGGAUAGCACAGCAUCAGCCUUGAAUAGCAUGAAUCUGAAUUCAGGUAUCUAGAGCAUAGACCUUUG